AGGGAACUCUGUCAAGAGCGUGGGGCUGCUGCUGGACUCUGAGCUCACCCACAGGACAGGGGCGCUCGGCCAUGGAGUGAACCCUCAGCUUGGGUCUCAGAGAAGGCAGAGGACAUGGCCGAAGAAGCCAAUCUGCAUUCCCUCCAGGAGUUAGAACGUGAGGAGAUCCUCCAGGUCCUGUACCGCGACCAGACGGUUCGAAACAUCGAGGAGGAAAGGAUACGGAAACUGAAGAUACACCUGCAGCAUCUCCGCUGGAAGGGCGCGAAGAGAGUGAGCCAGGAGUACAAAGAGAAGUCGUGUGCCCGCUGCCAGCGCAUCCUGGGGCUUCUGUUGAACCGGGGGGCCGUGUGCCAGGGCUGCAGCCACCGCGUGUGCUCUGAGUGCCGAGUGUUCCUGAGGAGGACCCAGGCCUGGAAGUGCACCGUGUGCUUCGAGGACAGAAAUGUGAAAAUAAAAACUGGAGAGUGGUUCUUUGAGGAACGAGCCAAGAAAUUUCCAACUGAAGGCAAACGCGAGACAGCUGGAGCAAAGCUCUUGCAAUCUUAUCAGAAACUGAGCAAAAUUUCCGUGGUUCCUCCUACCCCACCUCCUCUCAGCGAAAGCCAGUGCAGCGGCAGCCCUGGCAGGUUACAAGAACUUGGUCAGUUUAAAGGAUUUAAUAAGUCCAUGGAAAAUUUGUUUCUGUCUGUUGCCACCCACAUGAAAAAGCUCUCGAAGUCCCAGAAUGACAUGACUUCUGACAAGCAACUGCUAGCCACGGGUCCCAGGCAGUGCACGGGCCAGUCGGAGAGAAGGAGCCAGUCUGACACUGCCAUCAACGUCACCACCAGGAAGGUCAGAGCACCAGAUAUUCUGAAACCUCUCAAUCAAGAGAGUCCCAAAUGCCCUACUAACCCUGUUUUGAAGCAAGAGGAUCUCUCGUCCAGUCCACCACCCAACACUUUAUUUUCAGGAGGCUUGAGACAUGGAAGUUUAAUUAGCAUUAACAGCACUUGUACAGAGAUGGGCAAUUUUGAUAACGCUAAUGUCACUGGAGAAAUAGAAUUUGCCAUUCGUUAUUGCUUCAAGACCCAUUCUUUAGAAAUAUGCAUCAAGGCCUGUAAGAACCUUGCCUAUGGAGAGGAAAAGAAGAAAAAGUGCAAUCCGUACGUUAAAAUCUAUCUGCUGCCUGACAAAUCCUCGCAGGGAAAACGCAAGACUGGAGUCCAAAGGAACACUGUGGACCCAACCUUUCAGGAGACCUUGAAGUACCAGGUGGACCCCGCCCAGCUGGUGAGCCGGCAGCUGCAGGUCUCUGUGUGGCACGUGGGCAUGCUCACCCGGAGGGUGUUUCUUGGGGAAGUGAUCAUUCCUCUGGCCACGUGGGACUUUGAAGACAGCACGAUGCAGUCGUUCUGCUGGUAUCCACUUGGGGCCAAGGCAGAGAAAUACGAAGAUGGUGUUCCUCCAAAUUAUGGAGAACUCGCAGUCCGGGCCAAGCUGGUCCUCCCUGGAGGGCCCAGAAAGCUCCAGGAGGCUCAAGAAGGGACAGGCGAUCAGCCAUCAUCUAACGGUCAACUCUGUUUGGUAGUCCUGGGAGCCAAGAAUUUACGUGUGCGCUCAGACGGUACCUUAAACUCAUUUGUUAAGGGCUGUCUCACGCUGCCAGACCAGCAGAAACUGAGACUCAAGUCCCCGGUCCUGAAGAAGCAAGCCUGUCCCCAGUGGAAACACUCCUUUGUUUUCAAGGAUGUAACCCCCUCUCAGCUGAGGCAAGCCAGCCUCGAAUUAACCGUUUGGGACCAGGCCGUCUUUGGUGUGAGCGACCGCUUGCUGGGAGGAGCCAGGCUCAGUUCCAAGGAAGAUCCAGCUGGCGGCACCGACUCAUGCUCGCAAUCAAAGCUUCAAUGGCAGAAAGUUCUUUCCAGCCCCAAUUUAUGGACAGACAUGACUCUCAUCCUGCACUGAAGCGAAGGUUCGUUUGCAGCAGGUGUUUCAAGGGUCACGUGCCUAAAGGUCGCUGAAGAACAGACU